UUUUGUGCUCAGUGAAUCGCACUCGUAACAGCCUGGUGCAUCGUCGCUAAACAAAAUGCGUACCGUGUGUUCUUUGCUUUUGGUCUCGGCGCUAAGCGCGACCGUGGCCGCCUACCCUAACGGAGCUCCCCGGGCGACACGUGACUCCAUGCACCCCGUCCACGGGCACAAACCCCAGACGGGUACGGGCGGGUACGCGGUCUUCGCCGAGCCAGAUUUCACGGGCGCGCGGACGAAAUGGAAGAUCACCCUUAACGGGACGUCGGCGUUUCACGGGUUUCUUCUCGAGGCCAGAUCGACUCGUGGAGGGAAAAUCGUCGGGACGUGGUCGCACCUACCCCCGAGGACGAAACCGCUGGACUGCGAUGGCCACCGCGAGAAUGCCGUGACACACUACAACCACAAGAGAAAGGACUUGAAUGACGUCACUUUCACAUGGACGGCGUCGUCUUGCAAGGAAGCUCCGGUGUUCUUCAAGGCGACUGUUGUGAAACACUACACGAAAAUCUACGAAGGCAUCACGUCGGAUGUGCUGAACGAUGUCUGUCUACACCCGCCUAAAUGCAAGGCCUGUGGCGACGAGACCAAAGCCGGUCGGAAGAAGCUGCUAGGUCGUGCCCGUGCCAGAUGCAGGGUGGGCAUGCGGGCCAACACACUCAGUAGCCGAGGAAAUGGUAAGUAA